AUCGUCUCUAGAUUGUUCUUCCACACGCAAUUCUCAUUUCUCUCUAACCGUAAACGAAUCUUUCUUCUCUGCUUUUUCUCUCUGCGAUGGCUCAAGAAGAUGUUACUCCUGCUGCUACUAACGGCGCUGCUCCGGUGGAGACGCCUCUUGUCUUCACUGAGAUCAAGCAGAUGUUGAUCGUUGAAGCUCAAAAAGUCGGUGACGCUGUGACUUUCUACAAAUCUGCUUUUGGUGCGAUUGAGUCUGGUCAUUCUCUUUACCCUAAGCGUAAGCUUGACCAAGAGCUUCCUCAUGUUCUCUCUUCUGAGCUUAACCUCGCUGGCUCUUCCUUCGUUGUUUGCGACGUUUCCUCUCUCCCUGGUUUUUCUACUGCCAAAUCGGAAGGUUCGAGAGUGAAUCAUCUCCUCGGAACUAAUAACGUUGAAGCCGCCGUUGCGAAAGCUGUUGACGCCGGAGCUGUGAAAGUGGAGGUUACGGAGGCUGAAGUUGAACUGGGAUUCAAAGGAAAAGUUACGGAUCCUUUUGGUGUCACUUGGAUCUUUGAGGAGAAGAAGACAGAGAACGUCGUUGAGAACGACGAGAACAAAGAGGUUUAAGAACUGUCGUCGGAUCUGAUUCUUCGUCGGUUUCUGAACAGAAAAACUCUAGUAUUAUCUUAUUUUCUGGUUUAUGCUUUUAUUUUGUCUUUUGUGGAAUCCGGUAUUCAGUAAACCGGAUCGACUAGG